UGCUGAUCGCAAUUGAAGUCUCUUUCCCUCUAACCAUCACUUCAUAACGAAGACUGUUAUGUUAAGCGCUCCACUGCUUCGGUUAUCACUAGAUAUUUUAAUUGAGAUUGGUAGCUAUCUUGAUUCUGAAGACCUGCUUCAUCUAAUUCAAACUUGCAGGCAGUUUCAUCUUGUAUUCGAGAACAAAACAGUUUGGCUCAGAUUAUGUAAACGAAUUGAAGGAUUAGCCGUCGGUAUACCUGAACAGGUAGAUUAUAAAAGACUAUAUUUGAGAUGGAAGAAGAAAGGAUAUGUUUAUACUUGGGGAGAAAAAAGCUGGAAUCGUUUAGGGCGAUUGGUAAGUCAUACACAUUUUCCCCAUCACAAGCCUAUAGCCUUAACGGGUUCGUAUGCGGUAAAGGCUGUCCAAAUAGCAGUUGGUGGGUAUGGAAUAUUUUUACUUAACGAGGAUGGAAAAUUACAUAUAACUGGAAAAAGGACGAAUUCAUUUUCACAGGUGGUUUCCGAAUUGGGUUUCGUAUAUUCCAUCCAUGCUGGCCGAGACUACUGCUUGGCGAUGUCCGAUGAGGGAAAUUUAUGGCAAGUUGGCGCGAAUUCAACAUUGUGUUUGACAAAGGAUAACGUUUUGUCGGACUAUAGAGGAAAAUUUAGCAUUUUUCGAAGUGGUUGGGAUUGUCUAUCAGUUUUUGUUCCGCAAGUCGGCUUUUUGUUAUGGAAGAGUGGAACAGAAUCUGAGCCUACAGUCUAUAAAAUUUACAUUGGACAAGAUGUAGUAAAUGUUUCCGAUUACGUUCUGUGCGCUGGCUUUCUUGUGUUCACAAUAGUUAAUGAAUCGUUGGUUUUCCGCGUAGACCUUGAUGGGAAUUAUGAACAGCAAGCAAAAGAACUUAAAAAUUUCCGAAUCUCUGAAGGAAACGGUCCAUGGAAGCUUUCGGGUAGCUUUCGUACCUUUAGUUGCCUUUCCGGAAACGGAAAUACGGUAUAUAUGGGGAAUGAAUCUACGAAAGAGACAGAUGCUAAGCCAAUUGUUCACGAAUUUUUACAGAACCAAUCGAUAAAAAGGCUCGUUCAUGGAGAUUAUCAUCACCUUUUAUUGAAGCAGGAUGGAUCAGUUUGGUCUUGGGGAAUGGAAUUAUCAAAUUGCGGUUGUCUAGGUUUAGGAACUUUAUAUAACCAAAUUGGGGACAAUGUCUUAAUAGAUGUUCCAGGACGCCGCGUGACAGUGUUAAGACCUCAAAGGGUAUCUUGGAACGCAACUUGUAUCUCAAUUGCAGCGGGCGGUUGGCAAAGUGCAAUGAUGGCGAUUUCUGACAAGGUUUUGCCGGAUGCAAUGGAACCGGCAAGGAUGACCGGUCUAUCCUUGACACAUGCAAGUGUUCCCGUGUUGCAUUUUUUACGGAGCAGACGUACUGAUUAGACAUAUCCAAGGGAGGAAACUCUUAUGAAGCCAGUACAUUUUUUGUUGUUUUUCCUUGAUGGUGUACACAUAUGCAAUUUAUGAGAUUUUAUAAUGAAUGAACGCAAUUACGAACGAAAGACAAAAUUUACAAGUUUUACAUAUAACAAGAUCCUCGAGUACAACGACCGAAAGUUUUGUGAGAUGAAUGCAGGAGUUGACUUUUAACAAUAUUAUAAUGAUUAUCAACAGAUGUAACGAUAAUAAAUCGGUUCAAAUAUCGAAAGUCAAUCCUGAAAGACUGUAAAAUGCUAGCCGACAUACAAAUAAACUAUGCUAUAAUAGCGUACCCGAAAUAAUAUAAAAAGCAAUCGAGAGCUUAAAUCCACA